AUGUUAAAAAAGAAAACAUUAGGAAAGCCAAAGAAGGCACUAAACCCUUACCUAUUCUUUGUUAAGGAGAAUAGAGCUAGAGUAGGAUUAGAGAAUCCAGGCAAAUCAUUUAAAGAAAUAAUGAGCUAAAUGUCUAUUUUGUGGAGUGCAUUGGGUUAAGAUGAAAAGAAGAGAUAUGAAGUGCUUGCUGGUUAAGAUAAAGUCAGACAUGAGCAAGAAAUUAAAGCUUUUAAAGAAAAUCCACCAAAGCAAACUCUAGUAGCAGCUGCUAAAAAACCUGAAACUCAACAAUCCACACUGACUUCAAUCUGA